GUUUGCACAAUUUGUUUUUCAGUGAGAGUAGCAUGUUUGUCUCCAAGAGACGUUUCAUUUUGAAGACAUGUGGUACCACCCUCUUACUGCAGGCACUGGUUCCCCUGUUAGAGCUUGCUAGAGAAUACUGUGGGUUUGACUCUAUUCAGAGCUUCUUCUAUUCACGUAAGAAUUUCAUGAAGCCUUCCCACCAAGAGUACCCACACAGGAAUUUCCAGGAAGAAGUAGAGUUCCUUAAUGAAAUAUUUCCAAAUGGAGCAGCUUAUUGCAUGGGCCGCAUGAAUUCUGAUUGCUGGUACUUAUACACUCUGGAUUUUCCAGAGAGCCGAGUAAUCAGUCAGCCAGAUCAAACGCUGGAAAUUCUGAUGAGCGAGCUUGACCCAGUAGUUAUGGACCAGUUCUACAUGAAAGAUGGUGUUACUGCAAAUGAUGUCACUCGUGUGAGUGGAAUUCGUGACCUGAUAGCAGGUUCUGUCAUUGAUGCUACAAUGUUCAAUCCUUGUGGAUAUUCAAUGAAUGGGAUGAAAUCAGAUGGAACUUAUUGGACUAUUCACAUCACUCCAGAACCAGAGUUUUCAUAUGUUAGUUUUGAAACAAACAUAAGUCAGACAUCCUAUGAUGACCUAAUUAGAAAGGUCAUAGAUAUUUUUAAACCAGGGAAAUUUGUGACAACACUCUUUGUUAAUCAGAGCUCAAAAUGUCGCACGGUGUUUUCUUCAGCCCAGAAGAUUGAAGGUUUUAAGCGUCUAGAUCGUCAGAUUGCUCAGUUCAAUGACUACAACUUCGUUUUUACCAGUUUUGCCAAGAAUAAGCAGCAGAGUUGAUUAAGAGAAAUGAAGAAAAAACGCAAAAAGAUACCCCAUAGAGGAGGUGGUGAUUGCUUUCUAGUUAAUGAUUCAAGGGGCCAUAUUUUUCAUUUCCACCUCAUAGUUGCAGAAAGCCCUAGAUGUAAUCAUAGUAUAAUUUUCAAUUGUAUGCAUUAUUAUAUCAAAAAAUUAGAUAUAUUGCAUGAACGCUCUCUUCUGUGUUUAGGUAUUUUAAUUCACUCUUGCUGUGAAAUUGAAAUUCAUGUAGAAAAAUUUUACUGUAUGAAACUUUACCACACUUGCAAGAACAAUUCAGGUAUGAUUACAUGCAGUAUAGUUUUUCUCCAAGUAUCACCAAAAAUUCCCCACAGACAAGGAUUUCGUCCUCAUUAGAAAUGCCCUAAAUUUACUUGUCUGGAAUAUGCUUAUUUUAAAAAAUAAAUAUACUGUAACUUAAAAAUCUCUUGAAGUUGUAGUAUACCAUACAAAUAGCUCAAAAAAUAUUUUGAGUAAACUCAAUGGCAGGUUCAAAUUUUUUGUGGUGUUGUAAUAUCGAACAAGACUACUUACACAUAGACUACUUCACUAUUUUUGUUUGAGUUUUAUAAAAAUUUGCUACUACGUUAGACCUGUAGAUCUUUCCAGAACCACCUAAGAGAAAAGUAUGCUUGAAUUAAUGCACUAACUGUUCACCUCUGGAAAUUUACUUUGGUCACAAGUUAUUUUGAUUAUCUUUAAAUUUAGACCAAAACCAUCAAAUUCUGUUCAUCUUUUGCUGAUAAAUAAUCUAUAGCAACUGGUGGAAGUUUGUCUAACAGCUGUUUAAGGGUACUGAUGGUAUGGAUUUGGCUGGCACAUCAGAGCUUACUCCAGGCACUUUACAAACUUCAAAUACAGUUACAGCCUUUUGGAACUGAACUUGCUAUGCGAUUGGUGCUGCUUAGUGUAACUUGGCUAUAGAGACUGAGUAAACUCAGAACUACUGCACAAAACUGUUAGUGGCCACUUCUUAUUGUGAAUUUAUACGCUGGCUCAAAUGUUACUUCAUAGUAAUCCAAUACCACAUGUCCUUCCACACUGUGAUUUCAUGUGACAUCAUUGUGCAUGUGAUAGUUAAGCUGAAUUUUAACAAUAUUGUGGCUUCAUCUGUGUUUUUCCUAAUUAAUGUGUGGUUUCUUUUACAUGACACGGAAGGCAGUGAGUGAUUUUUGCUACAGCAAGCAAAAUCUGGGGAAGGGAGACACAGUGAAGUACAAUUAUAGAUAAAACAUUAAUAAAAAGAUAUAGGCAUCAAAUAGUCACUUCAUGAGUAUGGAGUUGAUUAAUGCAAGCUUUUGAGAAUGAGUGUAUUCGGAUGUGCUUGCAAAUAUUUGGGAUUUCAGCUGUUGUGAGACCAAGCAAGUCUGUUACAAAUUUUACUCUUGUCCUUGCUAUGUUUUUGAGUCUCUGAAUACAAUAUUUUGUUCCUUCUGUAUUCAUAAAUGAUGCACUUUUUUUAGUGUUUCUAACAUACUAAAUCUGCUUGGUUGGAAAUCAAGCAGUUGGGACACCUUGACUUUAUUUUAAACAUAUUUUUUCUACCAAAAUUAUAAUUUGUUUCUAAGUAGCACCUGAAAGUUUUAGGGUGUUCUAGAUUUUGAGGACCAAUGUUUCAAAUACUUUUUGUUCCUGAUAAGUGCCUCAUGUGAAAGGCACUGCUUGUUGGCUUGAGGUCUGCUAAUCUGAAGGUCCCAUUCUAAAUUAUAUUUAAAAUGCAGAUUUGGGUAAAAAAGAACCAAGGAUAGAAAGCUGUUGAAUGGGUAUUAAUGAACACUAGGGUGAACAAAAGAGGGGGUGAUGUUUGGUGUUAAAACUUCUCUCUGUGGUGUUAGACAUAAAUCAUUAAAAUGUACAAAAAUAUAUCUGUACCAGAAAUCAUAAUGCUUCAAUAAAAGUUUGCUUUUUGCAAUGAGUAA